AUGGUGAUCGUGGGCCCCCCUCUGGUGGACUACACUGCACUCACAGUUGUUGGUGCCAUUUCUGUGUCGCGCACAGUUACGUCAAUAGACUUCCGUACAACAAAAAAAUUUAAUUUUCUUCCCUUUCAGAAAGCUAUAGCUGUAGCACAGAAAGCAUCACAGGAAGACCAGGCUGGGAAUUUUGAAGAUGCCAUUCGAUCCUACCAGCAUGCAGUCAAGUACUUUCUGCACAUUUUGAAACGUGAACCUCAAGGUAAAGAUGGGAACCAGAAGAUUAGAGACAGAUGUAAACAAUACCUGGACAGAGUGGAAGAACUACAGGACUACGUAGUGAAUAAAGAGAAAGCCAUUGAUCUUGCCAGCAAGGCGGCUCAAGAGGAUAAAGCUCAGAAUUAUGAGGAGGCUCUGCGCCUCUAUCAGGCUGCUGUCCAGUACUUCCUCCAUGUGGUAAAAUAUGAAGCCCAGGGUGACAAGGCAAAACAGAGCAUCCGGGGAAAAUGUGCAGAAUACCUGGACAGAGCAGAGAAGCUCAAAGAGUAUUUGAAGAAGAAAGAGAAAGCUCCUCCUGCUAAGCCUGUUAAAGAGUCACAAUCUGAUGACAAAGGGUGCGUUUAUGGGAAUGAAAGUGAUGAGGGUGAUGAUCCAGAGAAAAAGAAGUUCCAAAAUCAGCUCUCAGGUGCAAUUGUCAUGGAGAAGCCAAACAUCAAAUGGAAUGAUGUUGCUGGUUUAGAGGGAGCCAAAGAGGCCCUGAAAGAGGCUGUUAUUCUCCCUAUCAAAUUCCCCCACCUUUUCACAGGAAAGAGAACUCCAUGGAGGGGGAUCUUGCUCUUUGGGCCUCCUGGUACAGGAAAGUCCUACCUUGCCAAAGCUGUCGCGACAGAGGCAAACAACUCAACCUUCUUUUCCAUCUCUUCAUCUGAUCUUGUCUCCAAAUGGCUGGGAGAGAGUGAAAAAUUGGUGAAGAAUCUUUUCAGCCUUGCCAGGGAACAUAAGCCUUCUAUAAUCUUCAUUGAUGAGAUCGACUCCUUGUGUGGUUCAAGAAGUGAGAAUGAGAGUGAAGCUGCUCGUCGUAUCAAAACAGAAUUCCUGGUUCAAAUGCAAGGGGUGGGAAAUGACAAUGAAGGAGUGCUGGUUCUCGGGGCAACAAACAUCCCUUGGACUCUUGAUUCUGCUAUCAGAAGAAGAUUUGAGAAGAGGAUUUACAUCCCGCUGCCUGAAGAGCACGCCCGCUCAUUCAUGUUCAAGCUCCAUCUGGGCUCCACUCUCACCAGCCUCACCGAGUCUGACUUUUCCACUCUGGGCAAAAAGACAGACGGAUACUCGGGGGCAGAUGUUAGCAUCAUUGUCAGAGAUGCGCUAAUGCAGCCUGUCCGAAAGGUCCAGUCUGCAACCCACUUCAAACGGGUACGAGGUCCAUCAAGAGCAGACCCCAAUGUUAUCAUCGACGACCUCUUAACUCCCUGUUCGCCUGGUGAUCCAAAUGCAAUUGAAAUGACCUGGAUGGAGGUCCCUGGGGAAAAGCUGUGUGAACCCGUGGUGUGCAUGGCCGACAUGCUGAGGUCUUUGGCUAGCACGAAGCCAACAGUCAACGAGCAAGAUCUGGACAAACUGAAAAAAUUCACAGAGGACUUUGGACAGGAAGGCUAGGUCGGAUAAAGAAGUAAAACCAAAGUAAAGUAAUUGUAGUUGACUCUUUUACUAUCCUCCUUCUUUUGUCUGCCUCACCCUAACCAUUCUCCAGACCUAGUGCGUUCUCUAAAGUUGACGAGAUUACCAUUUUGGUUUGCCAAUUUGAUGACCACACAAAGUCUGCAAGACUUAGUUUUACUUGGUAUUCACUUGUCUGAAUAUUUGCCACAUAAACUGUCCUGAUAAAGGGUUCAGCACCACCUAAGAAACCUUGGAGUUUUGUUUGACUUGAGCACUAAAGAGUGAUGAUGGUGAUAAGCAGACUGUACGGGCAGAUCAGAAAAACUAAUCCUGGACAUGAAAAAUGAUUUUGAAUAAGUUAUUUUAAGGUGCAACUGCUCUUGUCUUCACUAGAUCAAUAAAUAUGCUUUACAUACUCUAUUUUUAUUAAGAUAAAACAGGCCUGUCUUUUUUUAAGCAUAUAUUGUACUUAGAGGAAUGUAUCCAACUUGCACAUUAAUACAUACAGCAUGAGUUCAGAGUGGACAUUAUAGAGCUUGGAGGCAGAGAUACUCAGGAUGAGAACUUUGCUAAAGUCAGUUUUGGAUCAUUAACCAAUUUCGUAAAACAAAUUUAAACAAAAAGGUCACCAUACAUGUUGACUGGAUUAGUCGUGGUGGCAGACCAGCAUUGUUUUCAUGGACUCAGUAGCUUUGAACUGUAUUGCUCUUUUUUCUUUGGUCUUGUUUUGUUAUCACAAUCUAUUGUAAAAAUCAUUUAUAUCUACAGGCUUUGUUGGUUAUCUUUAAUAGAAAAACCAUAAAAAAUAAGCCUUAUGUUAAUAUCCAAUUACCAAUUUUGAUAAAACAGAAACUAGGCGUAAGGUUGGACAGCAAAGGCUCAGGAGGAGAAAUCUUUGCCUUCUUGACAACAAAAGAAUGUAUCUCCAACCAAGAGCUUCAAGUAGCCAUAAAUGGCAGUGCGCACCAUGUGCCUUCCUGAAAAGAUGCAUGUUUGGUUAUUUUUAUGUUGUUUCUUUCUCCUAAAUUGGUCAUUAUUCUAAUAUAUCAAGUGCUUUGUCACUACAACUAAGGAAUGUACAGUGCUUGUAUGUUUCACGUAAGCUCUUUGAGAGAGUGUAUACAGCUGUACUCUGUUUCUCUUGAGUUAUGUAAACUUUUCUUUUUUUUCUAAAGGGGAAGGUCUCAUUUUAUUGUAUGUCUGUGUAUGUAGCCAACUAUUGAACCUUUUUCUGUGAGAAAAAGCAACCCAUGGCUGCUUCAGUUUUCUGUUUUUCCAUUUCCUCAAUGUAAAUAAAAGUUGUCCAGAGAAUGUGUCUCAUCUCUGUAACAUUGCGGUUUUCAAAUCAGCAGGAAUUAA